AUGGCUGAACGACUUCCACCCACGCCAUUCGAACUCCUUCAUAUGGUGACUGAGUUACAGCAAGCCAACCAGCGCAUGACCGAGGAGAACCAAAGAAUGGCACGGCAAAUUGCCAACUUGAAUAACACCCGAAUCGAAAACAACAAUGAUCGGCAAGAACGAACAGAAGAAGCCGAGCAGCAGUCAGGGCCAACACAUGUCUCAGACACUGCUCAGCAUGAAGAGGAGCAACCCGAGCAUAAUGAGGAAGCUCGGCAAGACAACGAGAAUGACGAUCAGGAAAGCUCCCCUGGACCAUUCAUGGCCGAGGUGAUGAACUUCGUGCUACCCCGGAGGUUUACUCUGCCGACCACCCUAACUCCCUAUGAUGGGUUAGGUGACCCGAAGAAAUACAUCAAGAAUUUCACCUCCAUAAUGAUAGUAAACGGUGCAUCUGAUAAAGUUUUAUGUCGUUGCUUUCCAUCUUACUUGGACGGUCCUGCACUUGAUUGGUUUUGUUCUUUGCCUGCAGGUUCUAUUUCUCGAUUUCGAGACAUAUCAAAGCCCUUUGAGGAGCACUUUGCCGGAUCGGCCAUCUACCUACAUGACUCCGAUUACCUGAACACAAUCAAGCAAGGCCAGCACGAAAGCCUUAAGGACUACAUGACGUGCUUCACAAAGAUAGCCAUAAGUAUACCCGACCUCCACCCCAAGGUGGAACUACACGCCAUAAAAAGCGGAUCGCGACCAGGAAAAUUCCAGGAAACUAUUGCUGUGGCCAAACCUAAGACUAUGGCCGAGUUUCGCGAAAAGGCAAAAGGACAGAUCGACAUCGAGGAACUCCGGCAAGCUCAAAAAACAGAAAAGUCUCACUACAGAGAUGACGACAGACCUCGAGACAAAAAGAAGAACUUCAAACCGACUUCGCGAUAUGAGUCCUACACUCAAUUCAACACUAAGCACGACGAUAUCAUCAAGGAAAUCUUGAAUUCAAAAUUAAUCAAGCCACCAAGAAGAGCCGGCAGUUACCCAGAUUCAAAAGGCACGGACCGAUCAAAAUACUGCUCUUUCCACCAGAAGCACGGACACACUACCGACGACUGUGUUAUCGCCAAAGAUUUACUGGAGCGACUAGCUCGGCAAGGUCACCUGGAUAAAUAUAUCGGCGGCCACAUACAGCGGCGAACACCCCCUUUGGAGACCAAAGCUCGGCCACACAACACGACCGAGAUAAAGACCGACCAAACAACAACCAUCCUGAACAACCAACACGUAUAA